CAACGUGGAGCUUUUAAUUAGGACUUGUUUCACUUUGGAAAAGUCCCUGUUGGAUUUCACCCACCGUAUUCCUUGCAUCCACCAUGAAGGAAAGGAGGAGCCCACAGCCCGCUGUAGUGAGGUGCAAGCUGGUUUUGGUGGGGGAUGUUCACUGUGGGAAAACAGCAAUGCUGCAAGUGUUGGCAAAGGAUUGUUACCCGGAGACCUAUGUACCUACAGUAUUUGAAAAUUACACAGCCGGUUUGGAGACAGAAGAGCAACGUGUGGAGCUCAGCCUGUGGGACACUUCAGGGUCUCCUUAUUAUGAUAAUGUGCGGCCUCUGUGCUACAGCGAUUCCGAUGCAGUGCUGCUCUGUGUUGACGUCAGUCGGCCAGAGAGUCUGGAUAGUGCUAUGAAGAAGUGGAAAUCAGAGAUCACAGACUAUUGCCCCAACACAAGAAUACUCCUGAUUGGAUGCAAAACGGACCUACGCACUGACCUUAGCACAAUUAUGGAACUAUCAAACCAGAAACAGGCACCAGUAUCAUAUGAGCAGGGCUGUGCUGUUGCAAAGCAGUUGGGUGCAGAGAAUUAUCUUGAGUGUUCUGCCUUCACAUCAGAAAAAAGUGUACACAGUAUAUUCCGAGCAGCGUCUUCCAUGUGUGUGAACAAAGCUUCUCCAGCCAGUCGCAAGAGCCCAGUCCGGAGCCUAUCUAAGAGACUGUUAAAUUUGCCCAGCCGUUCUGAGAUCAUUUCUUCCACUUUCAAGAAAGAGAAGGCCAGAAGCUGCUGUUUGAUGUAGGGCUCUCAUGUCUGAGAAGCACAUGGACAUUUGUAUCAGACUUUGGACAUUGUCUUGCACUCUGUUAUCACCACUGGAAGAAAUGCAGGAGUGGCCUGGAGGUGAUGAUUCUGACACCAGUAGCCUCUCAGUAGCCUCACCUCCAGGACGAGCUAGCACCUGGGCCCAGAGAGUGACGGAAAACUUGGAUUUGCACAAAGAAUGAUUGCACAGGAAGACAAAAGUUUAAAGCAGAAAGGUGUGCGGAAAAACAAAUAGGGAUAUUUUUUUCCUUUUUAGCAACCACAAAAGAAGCUGCUUUAAUACCCCUUCCCAUACCUUUGUUAAAUCCCCUGCCUUGCUGGGGCAAAUCAUUAGUGUUAACCCUGUGGUACUUGUCCCUGUACAGUACUGUAUAGGAUGCAGUUCCAGGAGAAACCAACAAGGCAAGUGGUUUCCUUCCUGUGCUGUGAAGAUUUUAAAUUAUUAUAUUUUUUAAUCAACAGUAAACCUGUAUGUGCUUGAUCUGUGAUACUAAAUUUAUUUAUUGAAAUAUAUGGGGGAAAAGCAUCUGACAUGUUUCUUUCGCAGCCUCUUGACUUGUAUCAAGAGUUUUUAAGACUUUGCCAGGGAUCCCUGCCCUGUGUGUACACUGAUGCACUUUGGCAUUGCAGAUCUUGAUAUCUGUAAGACUCAUUCUUCCAUACUGUAUACUUGAUGGCAGAUUUCCUGCUGAGUCAUGUAAAAUGAUUUGUGUGUGUGUGUGUGUAUAUAUCAAUCCUUGUUAGAGUUCAGUGUUGACUGCAUCGUCAGAAUCUCCAGUAUGUGGAGCUGAUGACAUGCCCUAGACCAUAACUGGCAAACUAGUUUAAAGGUUUCUCUGUAGCUGCAAUAAACUGAAGCUGAACCUUAUUCUUCCCUU